ACAGUGGACCACCGAUCUAUGUGACAUGGACUCGGACGGAGACGGUCGGAGUAACGGAGUGGAACUGGGUGACCCAGAGUGUGUGUGGAGCCAAGGAGAGACACCGGCCAGAACCACCGAUCUUAGCCACCCUGGUUUCGACGAAGCUACAGUAUCGUGCUAAGCACAGGGUCAAGAACCAAGCCUUCAUUUAGACAAGUACUUGCCAACCUGGGACAUAUUAUUGUCGUCCGCUAGUGAAUGAUUUGGGCAAUUUUUGUGGGCGGUGGGGUAGUCACAGACGUUAUUUAAUGGUCUACUGGGAAACACCCAUGUAGAUAAGUGGUACAUAAAUUCUAGUCUCUGAAAAGAACAAAAGUGGAUGCUUUGGACAAAAAGGUUGACAAGCACUAGCCUAUUCUAGAUGCACAGUUUUGAAUGCACUCAUACGUCGAAUGUCACCAUCACGGCACCGUAAACUCCGGUGCACUCAGCUGCCCUAUGACUUUGUUCCAAUCCCAUUGUCAUUUGAAAACAAUCGUUCGCUUGCUUUAUGCUCGCCAAACAUUCCAGUAUAUUUAGUCAGAUCCUUAUCUGUGUCACCGAAAUAAAAAUUAAAUGUAGAUUGUGCUGUAUCAUUCAGUAUAUUUUAUUCAGAUACUUUGAAUUGUGUCGUCGCAAUAAAAGACAGCAGAUGCUACAAAGGAUAGUAUUUCUA